AUAAUAUAUUGUUAUGGCCCAAGGGUAUAUUCUUAUCCAUAUGGCUAAGCUUAACAAUAAUUAUCAUUAAGCCUUAAAAAUAUAUUUAUUACUGGGAUGUCUGCAGCAAAGGCAGUUCUGGGUACCAAGAGAUCCUCUCUUUGCGAUGUACAAAAUCAUGUUCCCGAACGAGGUCGAGAUCCGGAAAAGGAUGUUUCGGAGGAAGAAAGGACAUUUUCUUGUCCCUGGUCCGAACUACCAGUGGUGCAUUGAUGGUCAUGACAAGCUCAAGGCGUACGGAUUCGAGAUAUACGCUGCAAUCGACGCUUACUCGCGCAACAUUAUCUGGUUUUAUGUUGGCCACUCUGCUACAACUGCUUUGAGCGUUCUGAAGCAGUACUUGGCCGCAUGCGACACAUACGGCUUCCGGCCAUGGUAUCUGCAGGCAGACAGAGGUAGCGAGACGCCGCUAAUCGCUGCAGCUCAUUGGAAUUUUGCUUUGGCGGCAGACGGACGGGUGGAGUGGAACGGGAAGGUUUUCCAGCAAGGGAAGCGCCUAAAGGAUUCCUACAAGGCCGCACCGAGCACAAAGAAUGUCAAGAUCGAAAGUUGGUGGGAGCGCAUGCUGCAUGUAUCUUCCCGGCAGUGGGUGGACUACUUUGGGGAGCUUGCCAGGGACGGGGACUUCGACGGCGAUAUGCUGGAGGAUCAGAUCGCCAUCUAUGCCGUCUUCGAAGAUAUAUUACGCCAAGAACUCUUCGACUUUGUGGAGGCGUGGAACAUUCAUCGGAUCCGCCUUCAGAAGAACCGUCCGCACGUGGUCCACGGUCAGCCCUGGAUGAACUACCAUUACCCGGACCCAGAGAAGGCAUGCAACUGGGGGAUCCCCAUUAACCGCUCGGUUCUAGAGGACUGCACAGACCACUGGCUGAUAUCGACAUUAGCAGUUGUUUGGAGCCACAGACAAAGGAUUGGUGUCGCCAAGUUCUCGUCGAAAUGGGCUACGAUGACGUCGUCCAUGGGACUCACCAGGAGCCAGACAAACUGCGGCCUUUCAAGCGAUUCUACCUGGGCCUUCGAGAUAGAAUCAUUCAGCACAUCGAAAGUGGCCGACAGCCUACAUUGGCAUAUCGCAAAGCGCCAACAGGGGGCGUUGCCGAAUAUGUAGCCCUGCCGUUUCUCUGCGGGUUCGCGAAUCUAAACGCAUAUAGGAAGCAUUGUACGACCGAGCAAAUCAGGCUUUCCACAAUGAACUUGGAGAUGG